AUGCGUCGAUCCAGUACAAGUAUUAUCUGGGGGAAGCCUGCAGAUUUCAAUCUGACCAUCAUUAUCAACAUCAUCAUCACAAUGAAGUGGUCAUUCCUCGCCCAGCUCUUUCCCCUGGCAGCAGCAGCCACAAACCUCACCAUCGAAGCCGGAUACCAUGUCAUCUACUCCUAUCCCGGUCUCACGCCCCCAUCUCAUCUGUUCGACCUCAUCAAAGCUGGAAAAGUAGGCGGGCUCAUCAUCUUUGGUGAGAACGUCAACGAUGAGCUUCCUGCUACUAUUCAGAAGUUCCAGGAUGCAUACACGGAAAGUCCAGCACAUACCGGUUCUCCACUUCUUAUCAUGACGGAUCAGGAAGGAGGUGAUAUUCGUCGUCUACCAGGUGGACCGGAGUUGUCUGCUAAAGAUGUGGGCAAAGCGAAAAGCCCCGAAGAAGCAGCAGCAGACACAGGGAAAUCUGCAGCGGCUGCAUUGGAUGAAUACCACCACAACGCAAACCUCAGUCCCAUCCUCGGUGUUUACCGUGAGAAUGGCGACUUUCUAGACCACUACGAACGGUCAUACGGAAACACAUCCAGUCUAGUCGGAAAAUGUGCAUCCUCAUUCAUCAAAGCGCAACAAUCAGCCGGUGUCCUCGCAACAGCCAAACACUUCCCCGGGUUGGGACUGGCAAAGACAAACGAAAAUACAGAUGAGCGACCGGUUACAAUUAAUGCUACGUUGGAUACACUACGCAAGGUUGAUGAAGCGCCGUAUUACAGCGCGGUCAAGGCGGGUGUUGAUAUGGUUAUGCCUUCGUGGGCUGUGUAUCCUGCUAUGGACAGCAAACCAGCUGGACUGAGCAGUGCGUGGCUGAAAGAACUACGAGAGCGUAUUGGAUUCAAGGGAGUUACGAUUAGCGAUGCCAUCGAGGCUGGUGCGUUGAAAGAAUUCGGAGAUGAUGCUGCUCGAGCUGUUCUCGCGACGCAGGCAGGAAUGGAUAUCAUCCUCGCCUCGGCACGAGACGUGUCACAGGGACAGAAGGUUGUUGACGCGUUGGUCGAUGGAUUGAAGCAUGAAAAGAUAUCGAAGGAAUCGUUUGAAGAAGGAAGCAAGAGAAUCUUGGAAUUGAGAAAGAAGAUUCAUUAA